AGGGUUUCACUGACCUCCUUUGAACACAAUACUGACAAUGUGCUAUUAUGUAUAUUUAUUGCUACCAUUUAGUUACUAUUACUGGGUUAGGCACCAUACAGAAGACUACUAAUGACACCGGAUAGAGUCCAGAAACAGAAAACAUUUAAUUUGCAGGAAUUGUUACUAUGUUGUCUGGUCUCUGGUUUCUUUAGAAAAGUGAGUGUUGGAGGUUUAACCCGAAUACCAGUGACAUGGCAGUUUGAGAUCUGGUCCAAUGUGUGGCCUCUGAAACUUUCUCACGGGUCUUUGGGUCGGUCCAUCACAGUGAAAGACUCAUAUGGUAUAAAAACAGGGGGGGGGGGUGAGGCAAAAAUCGAGGCUGAAAAAAAUCACCUUGAAAAAUUAUCUUUAUGCAAAGACCUUCUCAUGCUGGUGCAGAAGAAUCCGGCAGAGCAGGUAUUCUUUGGCUCUGCUUUUUGUUUGCCGUGGCACCUGAACGCCUCCCCCUUUCAGAGGCAUAAAAGCUCAGUUUCCGUAGCUGGGGUAGGACCGGCACUACAGGGAAAGACGAGAAACGCCAAGGGAGGUACAGCCAGGAGCGAGCUGCUGGUAUCCACCAUGCAGUCCACUGGGAUGCAGAUUCUGGGAAUCAGCCUGGCCAUACUGGGCUGGGUGGGAGUGAUCAUCACCUGCGCCCUGCCCAUGUGGAAGGUGUCGGCCUUCACCGGCGUCAACAUUGUGACGGCCCACAUCAUCUGGGAGGGCAUCUGGAUGAGCUGCGUGGUGCAGAACAGUGGCCAGACCGAGUGCAAGGCCUACGACUCUAUGCUGGCCCUGAGCUCUGACUUGCAGGCGGCACGGGCCCUCAUCUGCAUCGCCAUGGUGACGGGCACCGCCGGACUCAUCCUGACCGCUGUUGGGGGCAAGUGCACCAACAUUGUUGCCGGGUCAUCGCUGAAGGGAAAGGCGUCGAAGCUGGCCAGCCUGGUCCUCAUCGCCACAGGCCUCCUCUGCCUGGUCCCCGUCUCCUGGACGGCCAGCUCCAUCACAAAGGACUUUUACAAUCCCAUGCUGACGGACGCUCAGCGUAGGGAACUGGGGGCCUCGCUCUACAUCGGAUGGGGAGCCUCCAUCCUCUUCAUCCUGGGAGGGGUGCUGCUUUCCAACCCCUGUGCUCUGAAAAAUGAGGAGAGUCUCUCUGGGAAGUACCUCAUCGUGAGGUCAUCCAGCGGGACCAGCAGGGUGGUCUCGGUGCGCAGCAGGUCUGUCUCCCAAAAGUCUUCCAUCCCGAUGAAGACCUACUUAUGACGGAGAAGGGUGGAUCAGGAGGGACUGCCGCUGGUUUUAGGGAGGUCUGUCUUUUUAACUGCCCUAAACCAGCAUCCUCAGGUACAAACAAGUCACUUUGUAUGCUCAUGUACCUGUGGAAAGCCACACUUACGCUUGUGGGUGUUUGUUUCACCUAUGCGCUGAAAAAUAUAUUAAAUAUAUUUUUAUUUAAUACAGGAAAGUCCAUUUGUUAGCAUGGCUUGCUUUUCGUUUCAGUGUUUGUUUUGUUUUUUUUUGCAAUAAAAACUUGAUAAUAAAUCUUAAGGUGACUUGUU